GGCGCAUGAUGAUGAACAUCCAGGCAGCGGAAAUCAUUCGAUGGACAAACAAACUCUCCGAGUGCCUCUCUCCCUUAUCACCAAUUGCAACGUGUCCUGCCCAGAUCCAGCAAACAUCUUCCUAACUAUUCUAGCCAAGCUACGCUGGGGACCUGCGUUUGGGAGCAGCUCAAGUGCUUCACCGAGUUCAGAAUCCACUGCAGGAGGUGUUCUGUCUCCCAUCUUGAAGAGCAGCAUCUCUGGGUCAUACGAGGUUUCCCCUACCAGUAAUUAUCAAGACUUGUCUUCGAGAAGCCCGCAAGACAAUGCAGCAAGUACAGUCCACAUGCUUACCAAUCACCGUGACUUGAAGCCACUACUGAAACGCACUGCAGGCAAUCACGGCCAUUGUCCCAAGACAAACUUCAGGAUACUCCGGGAAUGCUUUGGCGAGGCCACGGUCUUUCUGGUGGACACAUCCCCGAAUGUGACGGACGCUUUCCUUGUGGCAGCUGGCAACGUCAUGAUGGAGUUUGUCACAACAGCAUCACGCACCACUGCUGGCAGUAUUGCAGUGAUGGCGUAUGGAGCAGCUCGCAGUUACUCUGGCCAGGCGCAAAUGAUCUUCAACAACGAACCCAAGACUUCGAAGGGCAAGCGCCUCCUGAGAAAGCGUAUCAAAAGUAUCGCACGAAGGCCAUCGAUCUCUGAUGCUCCUGAUUCGUCCAGUGCAAUCAGGCUGACUGACCAACUGCAAAGCAAGUCACAAAUUUGGCAGGACAUCAUAGUGAUGAAUCCAAACGGUAUCAGAUAUAUCACACCAUCUGGACAUACAUAUCAAAACCUGGAAAUGCCGUUCCCGUCUUCUUCUCAAACAUCUCCAUGUUCCAUCGAGAGCACCACCAAGUCUUCAAGGGAUUGCCUGGCCUAUCUUCGUGACAGUCUCUUCACUCACUACCUGUGGAAGCCGAGAAGUAUCUUUGAAGACAAUGUCAUGUUGUCCACACAAGAUCUGCCCUACAUGAUGCUUCCUGCCCAAUGGCCCAGGCAAAGUCAAACAUGUGCUGGAUCUCUGAGCAACAGCACCAGUGCUUCAUCCACCUCGUGGUGCCUCAAUGUGAAGAUCCACAAACUGCACGCUCGGAGGUUGAGGCGUUUCCAAAGCAAUGGCCAGAACUUCACCCUGACUUUGUACAUCAGGUCAAGCUCAGUGCAGCAGACCGUGAACUUUGAACAGCACUCCAACAGGCUUCUUGCAGCGGUUGUGACGGUUCCAAUCACACCAGGAAUCCAGUUAGCAGAGCACGGAGUAGUGUACUUCAGCAUAUCAACCACCUUGCCAGACAACAGUGCAGAGCAGUCUCUCGCUGUUACUGCCACAGCCCGUCUGGUUUGUGGACACACGCCGUGUACUGCUUAGGGUGGUUAGAGCAGCUUGCGCUGAACAACCAAGUCUACAGGGACGUCACCAUCACAUUAUGCUAGUGCAUCAUGGUGUCCGUACUAGCGUUGUAGGAUUCAAGCCCCUACAGACGGCUCUCUCAGAAUCUUGUACAGCUAACGUUAUGAUGCAUGUGGCCUAGUAAGCAAUGCAUACUGAACUGAAUGCCUGCAACUGUAAAAUCCUGAUGCACAUGUGUGGAGUUUCAGUUAGUUGCCAUUGACAUUGUCACUACUACUAGUACUACUAGUCAACUGAUAUGCGGCAUUGCAUUCAUCAUAGUGCCUCCAGUACUGAUCAUCGCGGCUGUAUUCCUGGUGGUAUAUGUACACUGUUACACUGUGACCUCUGCAUGGCUGUUGUCUCCUUGUCAUACACAUUCCUGCGCAUGCACAUGUGAGUGUAUGUGUGUGUGUGUGUGUGUGUGUGUGUGUGUGUGUGUGUGUGUGUGUGUGUGUGUGUGUGUGUGUGUGUGUGUGCUUGCUUACUUGCUGUAUUACAUGAUAGGACCAGUGCAUAGCACAAGCUAUAUGCCUAGCUGUUUGGACUACUCACUGAGUGCUCAAUAGACAUUGCAUGCAAUGCUUUCUACGUGCCACUUGUUCCGGAGUGUUCUCCCUACUAUGCACACCAUAACUAUAGUUCAGUAAGCAGAACUCUCUG